UUAAAGACAGAACCACUCUCCCAUUUCGACUCAUUUACCGCAAGACUGGCGCCGGUCGACAACAUGCAGGGAGGAAAGACGUCCGCUUUCACAGUAGAAUCACUCAUUUCCAAGGAAAGCUUCGCCGAAACGAGAAGUGAUGACACUCAUGGAUGUAUGACACUGCCGAGGUGCUCCUCAGGAGAUGAUAUCGCUCGAAGUUCGCCUAGUUUUAGCGGCGCCAUAAACAUACCUCGGCCAUUAGCCUUGGAAGGUGCUGGCGCGGGCCACACGAGCGCCUUUUCGCAAACCUCUCAGCUCUCUCUAUCAACUGGAAGAUCUUUUAACAUUCAACGUAACUCGGAACAUCACCCAGGUAAAGUUGCUGAAUUGAAAACGUGUUAUAAGUUAGAAAGUGCAAAUUUAAUCUGGUUUCCUUUAAGGAGCCGCUACUUUAUAGUGUUUAAGCGUUCCAACCCACCCUUUGAUGUGAUCGUCAAUAAGUUAAAGAGAAAAUAAAUUUAGUUAACGCGCAUAUCACUAAAAAUUGGUUUGAAUUGUUUUUUGGUCAAACAUGAUAUAAAUGAAAAUUUCUAACAGAAAUUUGUCAGCGGUUGAUCGAAUAUCACGAAAUUUAUUUCUUCUUUCCUGUCUCAUUUUCUUUUCGCCAGUAAAUUGGUUUUGGAUUACAAGAUUAUUUUCUUGUAUAUGGUUGCGCAAUCCGCUAAGCAGCGUGUGUUCAGUUCUAGUGAAUUUGCGAAAUAUGUUAUCAUGUAUGAUUCAUUUGAUGGUGGCUCAACAUUAGCGAAAGUUUGACAGAGAUUUUCACGAGGACCGAGGAAUUAACAGGAACUUGUUUGCUUUGUCUUCCGGACUCUUAACACAACAAAAAUGAAACACAAAGACGCACAGCAAAUGGAAGAUGAAAAUAGAAAACAAGUAAGAGGUGACAUGCAGAGAAAACUGCUCACUUCAAUCAGUGAUGUGAUUUCAGUACCAAUUGUUUUUUAUCAGUUUUCAUCACAAAAGAUUUUUCGUCGACUUUUGCUAUCUGCUCUCUAUUUACUAGUUCCUAAUUUUCCCAAUCUUUUACUUAACCGAUGCUAUCUUUUGGAGUAGAAAGCAUGCAGAGGAAAGAUCGAUUUUUGUCAAGAUUUGUUUAUCGUGCACUUUACUUCUUAUUUAAUUCAACACUGUGUGAAAUACUUCAGGUUUGGUUGUGAGAGAACUUCAAUUUUUUUGACCAAAUUUUUGUUUAAAUAUUGUUUCAAAACAACAAAGGAUUCCUCAAUGAACAAUGGGCUAACAAUGAUGUAAGUCGCUUCCAUAGAGAUCAUUGGUCUCAACUUCUUUCGAAGCUGCCAUUUAGUACAAAGGGGUGCUGUGGUGAUUGCUUAUAUCAAUACAACAGAGUUAAAUUUCAAGACAGUUUGUUCUAUAUCCAUGUUUUUAAUUUUGUUUUAAUUUUUUUUUUCUCAGUAAGAGAAAACAAAACGAGGAAAGUUGAAUAUAGGCCCUAAAAUCCUCCCUAAUUUCCAGAUUCCUCUGUUGUGGAUAUGGCCCAGAUCUAACAUAUUCAGUGGUCUUUAUGUUUUCAUAGACGCACAACGCCAUGAUGACGCGACAAGGACUCGUCGCUACAGGACGGCUUUCACUCGGGAGCAGCUUAGCAGACUUGAAAAGGAAUUCCUCCGAGAAAACUACGUGUCUCGCACGCGGAGGAGUGAGCUUGCAUCUUCCCUCAACUUAUCAGAAACAACCAUCAAAAUAUGGUUCCAGAAUCGGCGAAUGAAAUCAAAAAGGCGACGCAUGGCAUUGGGGCUGAAACCUGUUCAAGCCUUUUGUCCGACCAGACACUUACCUUCUGAUGGACAUCUCAGUUCGGGCCAUCUGUAUAAUGGUCUUCAUUAUGUACCUUGGUCGCCAUAUUCUCCCGUCAGUGGUCCCUUGUGGCCCCACGGAGUUCACUUCUUGCACUGUGAUCCACAUUAUCACCCGUUUUCAGUCCCCUCUCCAAGCACCAGCACUGGAUCAAGCUACAGACCAUCGACGACGCAGGCUAACUGUUCAUAUGUUUGGAAAACUAACGAAUAG